UUCAUUCAGUAUUAAUCUGUGGCAGGCAGCCUCAAGCACAGGGUGCAGCUGUUGGCUGUCUGCUCGGUGCCCCUGUUGUUUGUGCAUGUGUGUGUGUGUGUUUGUGUUUGUGUUUGUGUGAACUGGUGGUCUAGUGGAGAAGACCCCUCUCGUGCUCUUCUCUUGAGUCAGGAUGAAUCUCUUCUGCUUCUCUCUGGAAGGCUCUCUGGACAGUCUGUAUGAGGCUGUGCAAGACUCGAGUAACACAGAGGUGUACAGCGUCCCCACCAGAUCCCGCAGUCAUGCUGGCCUGCUGCAUGAGCACAGUAAAUGGAAUGCAACUCGUCGCUGCAGCUCCACGGACUUCUCCUAUGCCAGUAACAGCACCUCAAGGAAGAAGACCAGUGGGAUGGUGUCAAAAUCUGUGUCAGACAAUGAAUCCCUAGAUAAUGCCUCCUGCAGUAAUGGGCCUCCAUUCUGGCUGCCUGCCAGAAACCCAGAAGAUUUACUCCACAUCAAGAACAAUCAGAAUGAAGAGCUGGAAUCCUCUGUGACACAGUUACACCACAGGACAUCACAAGAAAAUCUAUACCCAAAAAUGUCAAGACCACUGAAGCUUGUGUGCUAUGAGGAAUACACCCCCAACCAACAGCUUCAAAGAGCUGCGACUGUCACAAAAAACAAAGAUAUAAGAGAGUCAAGAGGAACGACCAGGAAAAGUCAAAAGUCUGGGAAGAAAGGAAAUGGAAAUAUCAGACCAAGAAACACAAGCAAGCCUACAGGUAAAGGUCGCUCAAAAAGUCGUGGCCCAAGCCCAGCAGCAGCUGCAGCAGCCCUGGAGAACGGCGUCCACAGACUGGACCUCAGGGAUGGGGGCGCACCAGGCUCCAGGGAGCGUCAGAGUUGGAGCGCCCCAAUCGAGGCAACCCAAGUCUGGUGUCCCUCUUACCAUACCUGCCGUAGACCUCACACCGAGUACCAUGUCUACUCCCAAGAUCUUACAUUACCACCAGGCAAGGACUGGAUCAGACCAGAACUGACCACAGACAGAUGUGUGAGGAGAGAUGGACCCUGCAGCAUUGUCCGCUCGGUCACAGAUAUGGAUGUCUCAAAACGAUCCACCAGCUUUGGAAGAUUUGACAAACAACAACAACCAACAGUGAAACCACAAGAAAAUGGAACAGCUGUGCCUGAAGGAGGAAAUGUGUCUCUUGAGAAUUGUGAGCCAGGCAAACAGGGUGGCUUGGGGAAGAAGAUGAAGGCCAUUUCUAUGACGAUGCGCUUAAAGAUGGGCAGGAAAUGUGCCAAGAAUUUCGCAGAAGACAUGGUUGAUCAGCCAGCCAAAGAUAAAGAGGAAGAAACAGACAGUCCCACCGAUAAGCCCAGUGACUCCUCAGAGAGUCUGUACAGUGGACAGAGUUCUACUAGCUCAGGUGGUGUGGUGAGCAGCUCUGACGGCUGUAGCAUACGAGGCAGCCUGAGGCUGGAGGAGGAGGUCCCCUACGCAGGCCAGUUCUGCGGACGCGCCCGAGUGCACACAGACUUCGUUCCAAGCCCCUAUGACACAGACUCCCUCAGGCUCAAGGUUGGAGACAUUAUAAGCGUUAUACGUAAACCCCCUAUGGGCAUAUGGACGGGCAUGCUGAACAACAAAGUGGGGAAUUUUAAGUUCAUCUAUGUCGACAUGCUCCCUGAAAAAGAGAAAGAAGAUGAUACUCCAAAGAUAAGGCCACAGAGACUCUCAAAAAGGCCACGACCCAAAACCUUACUGGAAUUACUUGAACGUUUGCAAUUAGAGGAGUAUGCCUCUUCACUGCUACUGAAUGGCUACCAGACAGUGGAAGACUUGAUACAUCUACAAGAGAAACAUCUUAUAGAACUAAACAUCACUGAUCCUGAACAUCAACGAAAGCUGCUUGCUGUCGCUGAUGUUCACUAUGAAAUAGGAGGUGAUGACCAUGGCAAUGAUAAAGAGGACAAAGACACAAACGACUGCCCACGGGACUCUGGUUGUUUUAUUCCAUCAGAGUGUUCAGAAAGUAGGGACGAUGGGGAAAGUCAAUCAACAACACCUGACGCUCCAGAACAUGGCUGAUAACCAGCUCACCAGCGACGUGUCGCUAUUCAAUGCUAUGUCAUGUAUAUAUUUGUUUUAAUUCAUUUUGCAAAGAUUUAAUUCUCCAAUGUUAUCAUCUUUAUUUGUUAACAAAAAGGGGUAGGCCUAUUAGAUGUAAUGUGCUUGUUAUUUUUCCCACAUCGCCUUGAUUUAUAGUCAACAUGGUCUGUUAAAAAUAUUUGGCAGAUUUGACUGAAAAGAUGUGUGUGUGUGUGUGUGUGUGUGAUAGAGGCUUCCUUUUUUAUUCACUUUUUUAGCAAAAUAUAUUUAAUCAAUGUAAAUAGCCUAUCUGAACAUAAUAAUACAAUGAUAAUAAAUUAUUUACCUUGGAUACUU